UCGGGGGUUUGCCAAUGGACCUCUGUCCAACGAGCAAAGACACCUGCGGGUGAAGUGUGGCAAUUCUACUAUGGCCAUGGAAGAGGAUGAAGGUGACAUGGAGGCUGCACUGGUGGAUUCCAAGAUUGCGGAGUAUGAAAGCUUUGUGGAGCGCGUGUUGAAGGCUGACCAUCAGCGGUGCUUGGAUGAGAUCCGAGAAGCAACAGCCAUUCUCGAAGAGUGCAGGACCUUAAGAAGCAACAUUCGAUUUUUGAUCAAGGAAGAUAUCUCAGAGCUCGAAACAAAUGUGGAGCUAGGAUGUCAGUUCUAUGUGAAGGCAUUUGUGCCAAACACAAGCUGCAUCUUUGUCGAUGUAGGCUUGAACUUCAGAUUAGAGAUGCCGUUGGCAGAUGCAGAAGCAUUCCUCAAAGACAAGGAGCAGCACCUGCUCAACGGGCUGGAGCUGAAGAGCAAGCGUGUUGCACGGGUUAAGGCUGACAUCCAUGAGGCCUUGCACCUGAUAGAUUUGAUGACAAGUGUUCAGAGUGGCCGUGGACCUGGCAGCUGAGCAAAAAAGAGUCAGCAGCUGGCAGCUGUUGCAGACCAUGACACACUGAGAUGAUGACAAAAGCUGGUCUUGACAUCUCACGCUUUUUGUCGCCAACGUCAUCCAUUUCAGGAAAUGUC